UAGGCGGAAGCCGCGCGCCGAAGGACGAGGCUGGGCGGGGGGCGAGCAGCAGGACCCGGAUGCCGGCGGGCUAUGGAGUUCCACUUCGAUGUGGACGCGCUGCUCGGGGAGCGGGUCACGGCGGUGGACCAGCACCUCCAGCCGCCGGGCCGCAGGGGGCCUGGCUACACCGCGGCCCAUAGGGUGGAUCUGCAGCAGCAGCUCAUGACCAUCAUAGACGAGAUGGGCAAGGCCUCGGCCAAGGCCCAGAACCUGCCGGUCCCAAUCACCAGCGCCUCACGGAUGCAGACAAACCACCACGUUCUCUACAUCCUGAAGGACAAUGAAGUGAAGACAGCGGGGAAAGGGGCCAUAAUCGGCUUCCUCAAGGUCGGCUACAAGAAGCUCUUCCUGCUGGAUCGCCAUGGGGCUCACAACGAGGUGGAGCCGCUGUGCGUGCUGGACUUCUAUAUCCACGAGUCGCUGCAGAGGCACGGCUACGGCAAGGAGCUCUUCCAGUGCAUGCUGCAGCGCGAGCGAGUGCAGCCCCACCAGCUGGCCGUGGACCGCCCCUCGGAGAAACUCCUCUGCUUCCUCCGCAAGCACUACAACCUGCAGGGGACCAUCCCCCAGGUGAACAACUUUGUGAUCUUCGAGGGCUUCUUUGCCGACCAGCAUGCUCCGGUGAGGAAGUUGCCUUCAAAACGUGCUGAGGAGGAGAUAAAACCCUACUCUCUAACAGACCGAGAGUUCCUGAAGGAGGAGGUGGAGCCACCCUGGCCCUUCAACCAGUCGCAUUCGCUGAACCGCUCCAGCAGCCUGGGGAACUCGCCGGUUCGCACCUGCCUCAAGCCCUUCCUCAACGAGCAGGAGCUGCUGCGGAACCUGCGCCUCUGCCCCCCACACGCGGCCGCCCACCACCUGCUCAACGGCGAGCAGGGCGAGCCGGCCGCCCAGAGGCGGAGAACCAGGGGGAGCGCUGUGGGGCAGGACGGCCUGGUGGCUCAGCGGAGUUCCUACAGCCGCUACAGGAACCCUGCCCCGUUGCCUGAGGGGGUGGCCGGUGGCGCUGAGAGGAGAGCGGAGAGCAGCCGAGAGCCACUAAGGAGACUCCAGGACUCAGAAGGCCGGUUGGACAGCACAAUAAUCACCAGCCAGGACCCAUCACAUCCAGCCCUCCUACCCCAGCCAGGUGGGAUGGUCCGUCACUCUGAGGGCACCUCCCCUCCCACCGAGCCGGCCCUGACGGACAGGACUAAAGACCCAGGCAUCCGGAAGGCCUCGGAGUCAAAGCCCUCAGGCCGAGGAGAUCCUGUGGACUGCCUCCCUCCACGGCUCGACAGCAGGUGGUACGACCGAGCCAGAGUGCCAUGGGGGAAGCAGCUAUCUUGGACAGUAGCGGGAGUGUCACGGGACGCCCAAUGGAUCCGCUACAAGCAGGAAUAUCGCAACACCAGGCCCUGGUGAGCAGGGGGGCAGCUAGCACUAAGCCAGCAGAGACCCAGGCCAACAGGCCCAUCUAGUCGGUAUCCUGGCUCCUCUCUAUUGCACCAGACAGACCAAUGAGCCCAUCUAGCCUGGUAUCCUGCCUUCUCCCUGCCAGGACCAAUGGGCCCAUGUCGCUUGGUAUCCCAGUAUAAGCUUGAUUGUCUACUGGCUGGAAGGAUUCCCCUGAAAUUCCACCUGGUCCAUCCCAGCCCCUGGUGGCUUUGGUCUGGAAAGUUUGGGAGGGGCUGUCACAUGAGGUUUUGGGGAGAGAAAAGGAGGCCCCAAGACCGGGCACCAGUGUCCUCCCCCGCGCCUCCCCCUCCCCCCCCGCGGUGUUUUCACUCUCGUUAGCACUGGGGGUAGUUGGCAGGGAGAGAGGAGCCAGGGAGGGGUCACUGCGCAGAGGGCACAGAGCUGGAGACAUCAGGGAGCUGGGCAGUGGGAUACGUUCUCUCUAAACCCGUGUUUGGAUGGGAAAUUGGGUUUUCGAUGAGAUGGAAUUGUUCCGUGAAAAGCAACUGCUCCUUGUGGGGAAUUUCCAUUCCCUCCCCCACACCUCAAAAAAACGAAAAUAUUUCAAUUCUGCAAGGCCGCCACAGAGCCUUAUGGGAGUUGUAGUUCAGUUUACUCCUGUCCCCAUGGUCGACUAUGGGCCAGGCUCCCUGGCUGGACUAUGUCUCCCAUGAUGCAUCUGCCUCUCCUCACCAAGAGACUGUGGUGAAUCAUGGGAGAUGUAGCCCCUCUAGGAAGCCCAGCUUAGGGAAGAAUUUGGGGGCAUGAGACACCUGAACUACGAUUCCCAUUAUGCAGCAUGACCAGGGGCUCCCAUGAUGCAACCGCCUCCCCUCUCGAAGAGCUCACAGUUAAGGCUGCAUGUCUGUCACAGUCACGGAGGUUACAGAUUCCAUUACUUUUGCAGCGGCUGGUGCAACUGACUCAGGGGCUGCCCGAACAUUUUGGGUGUGGGAGGGGGUCUCAUGUCCCUGUGGCUCCUAGGUGGAGGGGCCAGGGGGCUCUGUGCGCUGCCCCUGCUUGCAGGCACCACCUCCGCAGCUCCCACUGGCUGCGGUUCCCGGCCAAUGGGAGCUGCAGAGCCAGAUCUCGUGGCAGGGGCAGUGCACAGAGCUCACCUAGCCUUCCCUCCCUCUAGGAGAUGCAGGACAUGCCGGCUGCUUCCGGGGAGCUGCGCGGAGCUGGGUAGGGAGGCUGCCAGUCCCUCCAACCCCACCCAGCACCAGCGGGGGUCCCAGGCCGUGCACUGCCACCCACCAGCCCCAGCACCCGUGGGGGUCCCAGACCAUUCCUCCAGCACCUCCGGCCGCCCUGGCCCCCGGAGCACCCGUGGCACCCUGGCCCAAGUUUUAGUUAGGGGCAUAUAGUACAAGUCAUGGACAGGCCACGGGCUGUGUAUUUUUGUUUACUACCCGUGACCUGUCCAUGACUUCUACUAAAAAUACCCAUGACCAAAACAUAGCCUUACUCAUGGCACAUCAUCGGAUAGAUCUACAGUGGAGGCCCAGCCUACAGCAGAAUAACCCUUCUGAACUGCAACUCCCAUGAUGCAUCUGCCUCUCUUCCCUGAGAGACUGGUGUAUCAUGGGAGAUGUAGUCCAACCUGGGAGCCUGGACUGAAGACACCCGAACUACAACUCCCAUGAGGCACUGUAACAGCUUGUUUAAAUCGAAAUAUUUCACUUUUCAGACUAAAUGUUUCCUAUUUGAAUUUUUGCUGAAAGAUUGAAUGUUUUCACGGGGACCUGCCCCUCUCCCCCACCCCCUCCAUUUUCCUAACUAGUUCUGGGUCAAAUGCUGCCAUGGGUCAUAGCAGAGCACCCAACUGCCCUACCCUAGAUACAUUCCUAUGGGGGUGGGACAUCUGUGGGGAGGAGAUCCCCCUGCCUCCCUGCUCUCUGUCUUUCAUCCCUCAUCUAGACACCAUCAGUCAUCUCUUUCUCCAUCUCUCUCUCUAAGCCUCUCAAUGCCCCGCCUCCCAGGCCCCCACUCCCUGGCUGCUCCUUGCUGGGGCGUUAGAGUUAACAUCAAUGGAGAGGGGUGGAGCCAGAGAUGCAAGUGGGUGGGGUCAAUGGAAGGUACUCAAGAUCGGGGCUGUGACCCAUACCAGAUAGCAGGGAGCCACUGCCCCUUUCCAUGGUGCUGGGGAGUCCAGGCAGAGAGGAGUGGGAUCCCAGUAUGGAAAAGGCCAAGCCCCAAUCGAUUGUUUGCAUAUCCCAGUUAUUUGGUGCUACGGGGGGUUUUACAAUUUCCCAUCCUGCCGGUUCUGGCCUCUGCACUUGUAUGAUGGUUUUAAGAGCGGCAGGGUGUUGGGCCUUUUAAAGAGAAUGAAAUAAACAAACCAGCGAACAGAUGGAUCUGCAACUCCCCCAUGAAGAGAGCGAGAUCUUGUUAUUAACCUUAAGCACAAGCACCCAUUGACUUCAUUAAGCAUGUGCUCACUUGCUUGCAGCAUCAUAACGGUUUGCUUAAAGCAAUUACGGCAGGAUCCUGAGAAUGGGAUCUGGCAAAAAUCCUGGCAGAGUCUUCAAGAGUGGCUUUGAACAGGCACUUGACACAUGAUUUGAGUUAGAAGAUGGUAUCGAUGGAUUUCUUCAGCACGGGGGUCGGGUGGCGUUCAGUGCCAAGGAGCACUUUUUUAGAGGCCUGGGAUUUUGUGCAUUUUUUAGGUUUUUCGCUAACUAUUUUGGUCAUGUUCAGGUAUUUGGUAUUUGAAUAGAUAUCUGUAUUAUCGGAUGAAGCCAUGAUUUACGGGCAAGCGUGCCAUUAAAAAAAGAAUUUCAUGUCAGAAA